CUUAGUCAUUGUGAUUCGCUUCUGAAAAGGGAGAAAUUGUUCAUCGACGCUGCAUUUGUUAUAUGAUGGAGGAAGAUUUUGAUGCCCUGUUCGGUGUGUACUCCACCGAUGCCAUGAAACACGUUUUUGAAAACCUGUGGACGGAAGAGAGUCUUCUAUUUGAGGAAAACAAUUCUACCUCCAACACAGAUCGCGACAUCCAAGAUCUUUUCGACGGUGAAACAAGAAAUGAAGAAAAUUACUCAUCUUCUGAAUCUGAAACUGAGAGCUUGGAUCCUUCGACGAUAAGCGACGAACAAAUUCAAAAUCUCCGCGUGCAAGAUCUCAACAAGCUUCUUCGGGACCUCCCGCGGGACGAGGCAGCAAAAAUAAAGAAGCGAAGACGCAACUUGAAGAAUCGAAACUAUGCUUUGAAUUGUCGCAUUCGUAAACAGCAAAAAUACGAAGAUCUGCUAAACGAGAACUUCUCAUUGAAAGAGCAACUGGAGAGUGAGAGAAGCCAGCUAAGAAAUGUCUGGAAAGAGAAAGAGGCGUUCAAGAAGAAAUAUCAGCAUUUGCAGAAGUCUUUUGCUGUCUACAUGCAAAGCAAGAUAUCUACCGAGCUGCCGGCAUGAUGCUAAGGGCUGACAGUCUAUGUGUCCAAAAGCAAUUCGCUAUUCUAUUUCAUUAUUAAGACUUAAAUUAUUCACCGAACAGUGAUUGAUAAACUGUAAUCCAGCAGGCACCAUUAUUUAGCAUGCGUAUUAGCUAUGUUUGAAAUAAUUCCAGAAAGUACCACUCUUACAAUCAAGUUAAGUACAAUGUGGGGUACAAGGGCUUACCUUGAAAUAUUUCCAAAAAUAGCUUAAAUGAAUCAUGACUAUCAAUCAAGUGUAGAGAUGUCUAAAAAGUGAAAUUUGCAAACAGUAGUAACUUUUAUAAAAGAAAAAAUAAUUGUGAAAUAUUUGCUUUUUGUUUCCCAAGGAGUGAGAAAUAGUUGCCGUCGGAAUGUACUGAAGAUAUGUAUAAACAUGUAGUUUACAAAUACUAUCGGAUAUUUAUCGAAUUAUUAAUAAACAAAAACACCUGUAAUAAAGAG